GCGCGGGCGCGGCAAAGUUUGUCCAGAGCCCCACGGGGACACGGCCUGGGAGAGCCGCGCUCGCACCACGAGGCGCCCCGGGGUGCGCGGAGCCCGACCCUGCUUCCCUGCCGCGGGUGCCGGCCUGCGCCCCGCCUCCCGGCCCGGCGACGAUUUGUUUGGGGAAAGUGAUGACAGGAACUAGUGGCGGGGAAUCGGCGACCGGUGUCCGCCCCGGCAGGGAGGGGAAUCCGCGGGGCUGUCGGUGAGCGCGGCACCUAUCGGAGCCCCAAACCAGGGAUCUGGGGCGCCAGGCGCCAGGCGGGCGCGGGGCACGGGAGCUUCUGUGACUGCCGCGAUGAGGAAGCAGCCCUUAUUUGCCUGGUUGUGAUCUUUGAGGCUUGGCGGUUAUGGAAUGCGAAAGCCAGGACGUAAUGGAAGCAGGACUUGAAGACCCUUCCAGGAUGCCCGAGGAAGGUUCUUCGCGGCAGACCCCACGGAACAAUCCAGAACCAGACUUCCCUCAUCUGGUCAACGUGGAUGGGCAGUGUCUAUAUUGCCGGUACUGGAAGCCCAGUGGGACUCCCAAGGCCCUGGUCUUCGUGUCGCAUGGCGCCGGGGAGCACUGUGGUCGCUAUGAGGACCUGGCUCAGAUGCUGGUGGGGCUGGACCUGUUGGCCUUCGCCCACGAUCACGUUGGCCAUGGUCGGAGUGAUGGGGAGCGGCUGAUGGUGUCUGACUUCCACGUCUUUGUCAGGGACGUGCUGCAGCACGUGGACACCAUGCAUAAGGACUACCCUGGCCUGCCCAUCUUCCUGCUGGGCCACUCCAUGGGUGGAGCCAUCAGCAUCCUUGCGGCCUCGGAGAGGCCCGGCUUCUUCGCCGGCAUGGCCCUCAUUUCACCUCUGGUCCUCACCAGUCCGGAAUCUGCAACCACUUUCAAGGUCUUUGCCGCGAAAGUGCUCAACCUGGUCUUACCCAACCUGUCCCUGGGAGCGAUCGACCCCAAUAUUCUCUCUCGGAACAAGGAGGAGGUUGAGAGUUACAACUCGGACCCGCUCGUCCACCAUGGAGGGCUGAGAGUGUCCUUUGGCAUCCAGCUGCUGAACGCUGUGUCACGAGUGGAACGUGGGAUGCACAAGUUGACCCUGCCCUUCCUGCUGCUUCAGGGCUCAGAAGACCACCUGUGUGACAGCAAAGGGGCCUACCUGCUCAUGGAUGGGGCCAAGAGCCAGGACAAGACCCUCAAGAUUUACGAAGGCGCCUACCAUAUACUUCACAGGGAGCUGCCCGAGGUGACCAACUCCGUCUUCCAUGAGAUACACAUGUGGUUCUCUCAAAGGACAGGAGGCAGGUGUCCGCCCUGAGCCAGGGGCCUGGGGGAGGCGGCAGAGGAGGGCAGAGCCAAACAGGACCAGAGGAAUCCCUAACACAAUCUACUUUAAACAAAAAAGAGACGUUUUUGUCAUAUAAUGCUAGCAGCCACUGGAUCUACCCUAAGGGGUGAACACUUCGACACUUUAUGCAGGAGAGAGAGAGAGAGAAAGAGAGAUUGAUUGAUUGAUUGAGAGACUGAAUGUUCUCCAAGGAGGGACCGUGGUGCAAUGUCCUUUAAAGUACACACACAGCCUCAGCCAACUUCUCCCAGCCACACAGGUGCCUCAGACCCUGUGCCUGGGAUGCCGGCCUGCAAUAAUUGGAGGCACCCCUGCCUGCCCCCACCGAACUCUGCCCCAGUGCCCACUUUGACCAGCUGUAGCCCUGUGGCCUUUGCUCUGGCAGAUGAUGAGGUGGCCUAUGUCCCCACCGAGGUUGCCUAUGAUCCCGUCAGCCCCAGUGUGGCCUGGCCAAGGCAGCAGGAGGCACUUGCCUGUAGGCAAGGGCUGGGCAGGACCUUUCCCUCCACCCCGGGACUGGGCCUGUCCCACAGGCGACCUUGGCCAGGCUGUUGCUUUCUGGUGCUGUGAGAUGAGAGGGAAGUGGGGGGGCCUGACAUUUGUGAGUGUACCCACCAGGUACUGGGUGCUCCUCAGGCAGUGGCCAGGAUGGCUGGGAGAGCCCUGGAGCUAAGCUGCACCCGAGGGAGGGUAGAGGACCCUGGUCUGCCUAGCCUUCCCUUCCCUUGGGCGGCCGGUGCCACCUGGAGUCACAGUGCUGGCUCCACAGCUACCUCUGGUGGCAGCAGGAGGGAACCGGCCACCCAGUCAGGGAAGAAAACAGCGAGCCACCCUUCCAGGACAAGACCUGAACCCAGCUGCCCUCUCAGGUGCCAACCCCAGCCUGGCCCUGUCCUGGCCUCACUUAGUGCCAGCAAUAAGAGGAGACCCGGCCCACCUGCCCUGGGUGCUCUCGCCUCAGGAGUCCCCUGCGAGGCUGCCAGGACUCACAGGGCUCGUCCCCAUCCCUGGGGUCCAGAGCAGACCACCCUGCUGCAGACAGUGACAGUCAGCUGCCCAGGCCAUGGAUGUCCCUGCCCUAGGAGGGUCGCCUGUUUCGUGAGCCCCUGCCAUGGGCAGCCUAGUGACAGUUUCUGCUGUCUGUAGUCUACCACGCCCUGGGCUCCCGUCAGUGACUCACCCAGAACUCCGUGUCCCCAGGCCUGGGCACUGUGGCCUCUCCCAGAGGUGUGUGAUGGCAGUGUCCCUCCCAAGGGACACGGCCAUGUAACUUGACCACGGUCCUCUAAGAUGCAUGGAGUUGUUAUGUGGUCCUGACACAUGUGGUCAGCUCUUACGUGACUGGCUGCAGAAUCGCUCAAGAGGCAGGGUUGUGAAAUUGGGGCUGUCUUGCAAAAUCUUGAAGAGGGGCCAGGGGAGAAGGACGUGCCAUAUCCACAGUUGACUUGGGCACCACCUCACGUCUUCCACUGAGCCCCCAGAGCUCAGCAUCCCAUCUUUGUCUUUGGGAAGCUGGAUGACCAUGACAUUCAGCCCAGCCAAGGCAGACCAUCACAGAGAGUGAGGGGAGGACUUGGGAGAGGCGUUAGGGCCCUGGCUGGACUCUGGACCCUCAAGCCAAUGUGGACACUGCUCCCUGUGUGCAGCGCAGAGGCCAUGUGUGUCCUCUUUGGAAAUGGACUGACAAUCUUUUUAGAAAACAGGCCUCUUACAGGCCCAGGCCUUGGCACCACAGGCCCCAGGGUAUCCCGCAGCCAUCCAGCUCAUGCACCUUUUCUUUCUCUUGCCCAUUGCUAACAAAAACUAGGAUCACACAGAUUUUCCAAGCAAUUCACCAAUCUUCUUAUCACCACGGCUUGGCACGUAUACUGUCUGUGGGAAAUGCGUGUAUCACUUUAGAAUAUUAAAGGAGUCAAUGUAUGCCACAGCUAAUCCUAAUAAACCAGGUGUUUUCAGUG